AUGGCCGACCUCCGCGCCGAGGCCGAGAGCCUCGGCGCCUUCCUCGCCAAGCUCGAAGAACGCGCUGCACACCGCGCGCGCCUCGCGAUCGACGACACGCUCACGAGCUCGGAAGAGACGAUGCAGCGCGUGUACCAGGCCUUCAUGGACAACGCUGCGCUCGCGACGGUCGCCGAGGCGCCGCUCGAGGACGAGACGCUCCCGGCGUCGCGCGAGAGCCCGAAGAAGCCCCACUCGCGGCCGCCGCGGUGCGCCCAGAGUGCGGCAAAGAAGCCGCCCGUGACUCUGUCGCGCGACGUGCAGGACAUCCUCCGGCGACACCGCGAGCUGCAGAUCAAGCGGUCGGCCAUUAUGACACACCCAAAUGUGCGCAAGUGGCUGCGGUCGCUUUGGCAGUGCCAAAUCAAGUCCAAGGACGACCCAACGAUGAGCAAGCAGCAGUACACGCACUUGUACUCGCAGCUGCUCUCGGGACUCACGACCGAGUGGAUCGACAGCUUGGCCUCGAUCAUCAUCCACGAUGCGUGGGAGAGCGACAGCCACGGCCAGCCCGCCUUGACCAUCGAGUAUUUCAGUGACGCCAUGUUCUUCUUUGUCGAGCACUGGGUCGAGGAGCCCGACCUUGCCGCGUACGUGGCGCAGCUCAAGUGCUUUUACGACCUCCUCACUGACAAGCCGGACGCGAUGCCAGCGACAACGCGACUCCCGACGCUCAGUGCGUACCACGCGAAGCUGCAGCGCCAGAACGAGGCCUCCGACAUGGGCAUUGCGUUGGGCAAGAGCAUCACGUUCGACCCGGUGUUGUAUUUACAGCACCCGAACGGCGCGCCGACGUCGCCGACGCGGGCGCUCGAUAACGACGACGGCGCGUCACUGGCGUACCCCCACUGCCCGAUCAAAUCGCGCUCCCAGAUCCAAAUCAAAGUCGAGACGACAAGGCCCAAUCGCGGCGCAAAGAUGCUACCCCACUUGUAGACACCCUUAUUGAGCACGUCGUUUGGAGCACCACUCGCUUCCGCCUGCGUCUGGUUCAACUUCUGACGAAUCCAGAACGAUCGCGUCUUUCGCGCCAACCUACCACUACCAAGUCCAUGGACGAUGGCCGUCAAGGCGGCGCGGGUCGCUCAACUGCGCUUGCACGACAGCCUCGUUCAAGAGCCCGAGCCACAUGAUCUUCGUCGGCUUCUCGCGCACCACGUCGGUAUCUUGUCUUGUUGAUCGCGCUCCCGACUCUGUCUGCCUCGGCCACGUCCCGGAACCGACUGUACACACCAAAGAAAGGCCGAGAUGAGUACUUAGCUUUUGACGAAUAAUCGGUCUUGAAAGACGACCAACUUUAACAACAACACAACUAGCUGUGAAC